ACGAGUUGACUUUGAAUGAAGCGCACGCGCGAAUCUACGCUCGUUCGUCGGUUGAAACGAAGUUGUAGUAACUGUGUAUGUUGUCCUUUGUGGCGAGUGAUCCUGGCCGAGCAUCCGUCGUGACGCGUGAAGUGUCUAAUCCCGAUCGCGGUUUUAACGAGCGUUCGAUCGCCGAAAAUUCGGACGAAGAAGCUCUUGCGCAAAUCAAUGGACCGUCGUGCCCCAUUCUUCUAGACCUGAUUUGGAACGGUGCGAAGAGAAACGAAAUUGGAUUAUUCAGUUUUAUCGCGACUGUAAAUUUAAAUUUACGAUCAACUUUUAUGGAUUAUUUUAUCAGGAUCAUUUAAUUUAAAAGAAGAAAGAACACAGAAGAGAGAACAGUGCCCGGACGAGGAGUACAAACGGGUCGAGAGCCGCGCAACGCAAAAGAAACAGAUCUUGAGAAGGUGUUUUUUGUUGUUAUUACGUGCGCGUCGUCUUUGACGGCUGCGAAGAAGUUGUUGGGAUGAGUGUAUGUAGUGCUGCUGCUGAGGGAAAAAAAGGAUUCGAUCGAGUUUUUCGAAAGUGAUCGCCGGAAAGCAAGUGAAGAAAGGAAAAUAAAUUGAUAACGAAACGAGAUAAUGUGGAGUGAAAUUUAUUCGCCUCUUUAAGUGCGUUGAUAAAAAAGAAAAUAAACCGGGCCGGGAAGGUGAAGAGAACGCACCUAAAACAACGAUCAUCUGGAUCAAAACAGAACGGGUGAGGUCUGAGAGGCCUGAUUCGGCUACAAGAAGACAGUGCAAAGCGAACAGUGAAACAAUUAUUAAAUCGGACAUGUUCAAAGCAAAUGUGUUGUUUCUCAAAUUAGUUGCCGGUUGAUGGGGGGUUGGAAUCGAUCUAGCGAGUGAAUACGAAAACAAACAAGUGGGGCCACCCCAAGUGACCCUGGGCUUCAAAAUUGCUACGCUACCAAAAUGCGUCCCUCACCGGCUUUGUUGUCGGUCCUGUUUGGCACCAUUUUCGGUGUCUUUGGUGCAUCGCUGAGUAAAUCACUCCUUUCGCAAGCUCCCGACGAAUGCCGGUGGUCCGGUUACAGUGAAGACGAUCUAACGCUCGUGUGUAGACUAAGAACUAUUAACAGUGAGCUGGAGAAUACCAAUUUUAGUGUACUGCAUCCUGAAAACACCGUCCGACUUCGGUUACAGUGUAACGAUGGACUGUUUUUCCAAUCCAGCAUCAGCCCUGGCAGCUUCCGACAGCUGUCCGAACUGCGAUCGCUCUCAAUUGAGUAUUGCAAAAUAGCGAAUCUCAGCGAUGGAUCCUUUCGAGGUCUUAAGGAGCUUAUGAACUUGACACUUCGGACGCACAACACCGAUUGGUCAUCGGUUAGUCUGGAGAUCGCGCCGCAUGUCUUCAACUCUGAGCUGUCGAAGCUCGAACAGCUUGAUCUAAGUCAGAACAACAUGUGGUCCAUACCUGAUGGCAUGAUUUGUCCACUGACAAAGCUGCAAUAUCUGAACCUGACACAGAAUAGGCUGCGAGAUUUGUCAGUGUUCCAUUUUAGUGCUUCUUUGAGCACGCGGCUCUCCAAGAAAUGUGGAGGCUCAAUAACGAUUCUCGAUCUAUCACACAAUAACAUCGACAAUCUGCCACCAGCCAUCUUUUCCGGUCUUGGGAAACUGACUGAACUGCGCCUGCAGAACAACGGCCUCAACUUCAUUGCCGAUCGCGCUUUGGAAGGCCUCCUCUCGCUCUCCAAACUCGACAUUUCUCUAAACCGGCUAUCCAACCUUCCUCCAGAGCUCUUCUCCGAAGCCAAACACAUCAAGGAAAUCUAUCUGCAAAACAACAGCAUCAACGUUCUGGCCCCUGGAAUCUUCAGUGAACUCCAACAGCUCCUCGUUCUUGAUAUCUCCAACAACGAACUUACCUCCGAGUGGAUCAAUCCAGCUACCUUCAAGGGUCUUUCCCGGCUGAUACUCCUCGACUUGGCCAACAACAAAAUUUCCAAACUUGAACCAUCCAUCUUCCGGGACCUGUUCAGUCUUCAAAUCCUACGACUCCAGGACAACUUCAUCGAAACCAUCCACGAAGGCACCUUUUCUGAACUAACCGCACUACAUACCUUGGUCAUUUCAAACAAUCGCCUUUCGAACAUUGAGUACUUCUCCUUCCAAGGCUUGAGCCGUCUGACCCUCCUAUCGCUGGACUACAAUCGGAUAUCACGGAUUGAUCGGGUAGCUUUCCGGAACUUAUCCACGCUACACGAUCUGCACCUGAAUGGUAACAAGCUGUUGCAAGUCCCGGAUGCACUGUACGAUGUCCCACUGCUGAGAACCCUAGAUCUGGGUGAGAACCACAUCAGCAAUAUAGACAACGCGAGCUUCAAGGAGAUGUUUCACAUGUACGGUUUGAGGUUGACCGAGAACAACGUUGAAACGAUUCGGAAGGGUACGUUCGAUGCGAUGAAGUCACUGCAGAUUCUGAACUUGUCCAAAAAUCGACUGAAGAAGGUUGAUGCGGCGUGCUUCGAUAACAACACCAAUCUGCAGGCGAUCCGUUUGGAUGGGAACUAUCUGACGGAUAUUUCGGGGUUGUUCACGAAACUUCCGAAUCUGGUUUGGUUGAACAUUUCCGAUAACCAUCUGGAGGUGUUUGAUUAUGCGUUGAUACCGACAGGGCUGCAGUGGUUGGAUAUUCAUGCGAACAAGAUCGCCGAGCUGGGGAAUUACUUUGAGAUCGAGAGCCAGCUGGCGUUGAGUACGAUCGAUGCAAGUUCGAACCAGCUGACGGAGAUUACGGGCAGUGCCAUUCCGAAUAGUGUGGAGUUGCUGUAUUUGAAUGAUAACUUGAUAUCGAAGGUGCAGUCGUACACGUUCUUCAAGAAGCCGAAUUUGACACGGGUGGAUCUGUUUGGGAAUAAGAUAACUACGUUGGAUCCGAAUGCGUUGCGGAUUUCGGCGGUGCCAGACGACAGGGCGUUGCCAGAGUUUUACAUCGGAGGAAAUCCGUAUCAGUGCGAUUGCAAUUUGAACUGGCUGCAGAAGAACAAUGUGGACUCGAGAACGCAGCCAAAGCUGAUGGAUUUGGAUAGCAUCUACUGUAAGCUGUUGUACAAUCGAGGGAGGACGUAUGUGCCGCUGGUGGAGGCAUUGCCGAAUCAGUUUUUGUGCAAGUACGAGACGCACUGCUUUGCACUGUGCCAUUGCUGUGAUUUCUAUGCGUGCGAUUGCAAGAUGGAGUGCCCGGCGAGGUGCACGUGUUAUCACGAUCAGAGUUGGACGUCGAAUGUGGUGGAUUGUUCACGAGCAGGGUAUGAGGAGCAACUGCCCGAGCAGAUCCCAAUGGACUCGACGCAAAUCUAUUUGGAUGGAAACAAUUUCCGGACGUUGAGUAGCCAUGCAUUUUUGGGACGAAAGAAGUUGAAGGUGCUGUUUUUGAACAACAGCAAUGUGGAGAUGAUUAGCAAUCGGACGUUCUACGGGCUGAAGGAAUUGGAGAUUUUGCAGUUGGAUCACAAUCAGAUUACGGGAUUGAAUGGAUUUGAGUUUGUCGGGUUGGAUCGGCUGAAGGAGUUGCUGUUACAGUUCAAUAAGAUAUCAACGAUCGCGAAUCAUAGCUUUGAUCAUUUGCCCAACUUGAGGGUUUUGAGGCUGGAUCAUAAUAGGAUCGUGGAGUUUAACAUGUGGCACUUGCCGAAACAGUUGACGGAUUUGCGGCUGGCAUCCAAUCCAUGGUCCUGCGAUUGCGAGUAUGUGGAGAAGUUCCGCGAGUAUUUGAAAACGUACGACUUUGUGAGGGAUAAGGUGAAGGUACGUUGUUCAGCAACGAUCACAUCGGGAAAUGACACGGCCAUGAUUGUUGGAGGAGCGGUAAAUGGGUCUGCAACGGGGGCUUCUGCUGUUAUUCCGAAGGGAGUCCCGGAUGGCAGUGGGGAGUCGAAUGGGGUUGGAGUUGGUGGAUUCUUGAUUUAUUUGGACAACAGUACGACACUGUGCAGCGGAGCGGUGCCACUCGAUAACAUCAUCAACGGAAACUUGACGUCGCGCAAGACUGUGCUAUCGCCUCCACCGAUCGAAGGUUAUAUCCCGCUGCUGGUGGCUGCGCUCUGUGGUUUCACGGUGAUCAUCAUCAUGACGCUGAUUAUGUUCGUAUUUCGGCAGGAGAUGCGUGUUUGGUUUCAUUCUCGGUUCGGAGUGCGGCUGUUUUACCGGAAUGCCGAUAUGGACAAGAACGAGAGAGAUAAGCUGUUCGAUGCUUUUGUGUCGUACAGCUCGAAAGAUGAAGCAUUUGUUGCGGAAGAAUUGGCACCCAUGUUGGAGAAUGGUGACCCUUCGUACAAACUGUGCUUGCAUUAUCGGGAUUUUCCCGUGGGUGCGUACAUAGCCGAUACGAUCGUCCAGGCAGUGGAGUCAUCCCGGAGGACGAUCAUGGUCUUAUCGGAGAAUUUCAUCAAAUCCGAGUGGUGUAGGUUCGAGUUCAAAUCUGCGCACCACCAAGUGCUGCGAGAUCGACGAAGGAGGCUGAUUGUGAUCUUGCUCGGAGAGGUUCCUCAAAAGGACCUGGAUCCGGACAUUCGGUUAUACCUGAAAACCAACACCUACCUUCAGUGGGGUGACAAGCUGUUUUGGGAAAAACUUCGAUUCGCGCUACCGGACGUGCCAAACAACCAAAGGCGUCGGCAGCAGCAAUCGAUCAAUAUGACUCAUUCCAACUUUCGAAACAACUACCAGCUCACUCGAACGCCAAAUAAUAGGAAUAACACCAGUAACCAAUUGAUCAUGCUCCAACAGCAGCCACCACAACCAGACCCCAGACUGCGGCAACAGCAGCAGCAAGAGCAUUCUUCUCUUCAGCAGCAACCACUUCCGCUGCCUGGACUUGCGCAGCAACCGCAACCACCACAACUGUUGCAACAUCAACGCCAGCAACAGCAGCAGCAACAGGAGCAGCAGCAGCGGGGUGCCGGCAAUGCCUCGCCCCGAACAGUGGGGAUCCACAUAUGACCCCGACCUACAGUGUGAUAGUCGGACGAUUUGUAAAAGUGGCAAAACGAACUGAUUAGGUGAAUUUUAGGAAUUCCUCCUUCGAACGCGAAACAAAUGUGAUAUUUAUCGUUAAGUCAGUUUAAAUUAUGAUCCGUACUCGAAGCGAAACCGACCCCAGACGUGUAAAAAGUGACCCCCCUAGAUCUAGAUCAGCUAAGAACGUUGUGUGAAGGCAAACGAAACAAGGUGCAAUUCUGUUCUCUCGGUCUCUCGCCGAAACCUCAAAAAACCCAAACCCCGUCGCAAAAAAUGUACGAAUAGAAGAAGUGACAUUCCUCGGUAGGGAAAGAAACGACCUCCAACGUUGUGACUGGGCUCUAUUCUGGAAACAAAAAAAAAAGUGAGUGAGAGUGGUACCGACGGCAACCCGAAGCUAUCCCCUGUACACAACUCGGUGUCGACCCGAAGAAGAAAAUUAAUGAAGUUCAAGUUACACCACAACAGAUCAGAAAAAAAUGUCCAAACAACCUGUGACUCGACACACAAAGAGGAAGAAAAUUCCGGCGACGACAAACACAAAUCAAAUGCAAAUUCAACCAGAGAGUGGUACAGAGUGAAAUGAGUUCGUAAGUGAUCGUUACAAUCGUGGCGGCGCGCGCGUAGAUCGUCUUUGUCCGGAGGCAAAAAAUAAUUGUUACAUCGUUCCCUGAAGCCCUGGUUCCCAGCCGGUAAUGACGACUUACGUCCCCCCUCCCAGUGUCUCACACAUCGAUCGAAAGAAGAAGCACACUGGAAAACGGUCCGUGCUUGUGGUCGUCGUCGUCUUGUGACAGCCGAAGUCAGCAGAGCAGCGAAAACCACGAAGAUGAAGAAGUGCUGCGCGAUCGCAAUUUAAUAAUGAUAGUGACAUUCUCCGGAGUCGUUACGCUUUCCGUGCGCGCAGCUUGUCACGUCCCCGAACCAGAACUCGCCCGCGUUUGCCGUCCAUCAGAAGGAACUUUAUUACACGAUCAUCAGCAUAAUCAACGGUUUAUUAUACAAUACUCGACGCUCUGCUGGCGAAGUGGUGCGGCGAGGUGCGGUGCGGUGCGUUGGGUGCAUACAAACGUCCAGCGCAGAUCAUCGCCGAGGACACCGGGGACCGAACGGUCAACAAUUACCACACUGCCUCCACCCGUAGCAGCGCCUUCGAAGCACCGGAGGAGGACCAAGAUGCUACCGCAUCGACACCGAGGCUUCUUGUCCGUCGCCAAGGCGCAGAGCAGUGACAGCAACCGCUACCAGUUUCCACGGAGUUCCAGAGCAGCAGCAGAGCAGCGGAACAGGCGAGGCGAGGUGUGGCCGGACGCUGGCCAUUCGACCGACGAGUCGUGUUGUGUUGUGUUGUCUUGUGUGCCAGUCAGUGCAGUUUAGUUUCUUUCUUCAUUUAUUUUUGCACUUAUUACUGUUAUUAUUUAUAUUCUCUGUCCGUGUUCGUGUGUUUGUAUCGUGGUCACAUCAUCCGGAGAACUGGUAGGCGCAAGAAUGGCUUUUAAUAUUUGCUCUUUUGAUAUAGGAAAAAUGGUACCGAGGUGGUGCCGGGAGUGUGCGGAGAAAAACAAAAGCAGCAAGCUAUUUAGGAGACGGCAUUAAAAUAAUCAUUAUUUUGCUCUGUUUGUUAGGUUAGGGUUUGAAUCUGAUUUUAUUAGAGCGAGCCGAGGGAGCAUUCUUUCGAUUCCAUAGGCGUUGUGAUUGCAGCCUCGUUCGGUUCCAAUUGCUAGCGGCAAAUGCCGUAUCUGUUGGUUUGAAGUCGGAAGCGUGGUAGAGCCGAUCUAAUUUCGCUUAGGUGCAAUUCUUCUUUCGAGAAGGUGAACUGUUCCCAGAAUGGAAACCGUUGAUUAUCCUAUUAGCAGAAAGGGGGUAAUUUCAUUGUGACGAAAUUAUGGAAACCGUUCAUCCAGUUACGUGGAUAGCAUCAAAAGACUUUAGGCGACGAACCCGAUUCGGAGGUGGGUUUCUCUGCGUUUCGGAUCUAGGAUACAGUCCAGGAGCAUUCACAAAUCUUCCAAUGAUCUUGGGAAGCGUUUAGAUAGUAAGGUCCGAUGAAAAAGACUUCGGAUCUCAAGGAGAAGUCCUGACGCAAAUUCCAAUUGUCCGUUGACAUUUGAAAUUCUAAAACACAAAACAUCAUGGAAAUGUCAAUGCUCAAAUUACAUAUUUUGUAUUUCUUCACAUAUUAUGCUUUGAGUUUAUAAUAAAUUAUGGACUCGUUUUCACG